AUGGGGCAGUGGUACUCCCCAUUACAGGCUUUGGGAAUAUCCAUCGCUUUUUGUAUCCUCGAUAUUAUCAUCUGUAUCGUUGGCUUGGCAUGGGAUGGUCGCUUCUUCACCUUCGACAAUGUUAUCCAUUGGUUCGACUUCCAGAGCUACAGUUUCACUAGGAAUCCUAUCGACUUUCUGGUAAGUAUGACACUUGUAGGUGUUGAUGUCACGUUUAGGCUGUAUGUAUCGUCAGAAUCUGUCUACUGCUUGGUGGAGCCAUUGGCGUCUAUGCGAAUCCGUCAGUUGGAGCUCAAGCAUGCUCAAAGUACAGUAACUUGACAUUCGCUGUAGUGCUUCUAAUGAUCGCUUUCUCACCGUCAAAGUUGUUGGCCUUCUACGAACACCCGAAUCCGUUGGCAAUUGGAGAUUGGAUUCUGAUGAUCUGGUCGAUGACAGCUUGUAUGUUCGUGCAAGUAGGUCUUACCACAUAAUCUUUACCUGAAACCGGAAGUAAUUUUGCUUCAACAAAAAGAAAAACAAUUUGGAUGCGAAAGCAUAGUUUUAAAUUUAUAAAUUAAUAAAUUAAUAAAAUUUGAAAUUCAGGGAAUCUGGACUUCUGUGCUAGGAAAAGUGCGUGACGAUACCUACAGAAGACUCGAGGACCGUAACUUCUACGAAUGCGACAACGAAUAUUACGCCGAAAUGCAACGCGUAAGUUACAAAAAAGUAAAAUCUGACGUUUUUGUAGACAAGUAAAACAAUUUAUGACAUAUUAUUGUAGAGGGAAGCCAAAGAACAAGAAGAAAAGAGAGAGACCUUCACCAUGUUGUUACGUCUGUUCUCUUACAUGGCCAAAGAAUGGGUGUUCUACAUGGUAGCGUUCUCCUUCUUGUUGUUGUACUCUUUCUGUAAGUUUUGAUACUACAAACAAUUUGCAUGUAGUACACAUGUUUAAAGUAUAAUAAUGUUGUAUGCACCUUUGAUUUAACAUUGUAUUUAGCUAGAGUAUUCGCUCCAUAUUAUACUGGAGAGGUGGUUGGUGCUGUUUUUGGUGAAGGUGCUUCGUACGCCAAGCUACACGAGAAGGUGUUGAUCAUGGCUGCGUUGUGUAUGGGUAGUGCCAUCUUCGGAGGUCUUCGUGGUGGUUUCUUUACAUAUUCACAAGCCAGAGUAGACCGUCGUAUUCGUAACGACUUGUUCACUUCUUUGGUUCGACAAGAGAUCGGCUUUUUCGAUGCCAAUAAGACAGGUAGCAUAAUUAAAACUUCUUUACAUUAAUUAUUUCUGGAGUCAUUAACUACAUUCAAAUUAUUUUUGAAAUCUAAAAAAACAUUCAAAAAUUGUAAGCUAACGUAUUUUAGGAGAAAUCGUGUCACGGUUGAACGCCGACUGCCAAACAAUGUCAAACACCUUGUCGCUGUAUGUGAACGUGCUCGCACGUAACACCACCAUGUUGUUUGGCUCUCUCAUCUUCAUGUUUACUCUGUCGUGGCGUCUGUGUAUGGUCACGUUGAUUGCCGUUCCAAUCAUCUUCUUGGUUUCCAAAGUGUAUGGUGUAUAUUAUGAUGUAAGUAACGCGUGUUAUUGAGUAUUUUUGUAAACUUUACAGUCGAUGUUAUUUUUUAUGCUUUUGAUAUAAUGAUAACAAAAAUGCUUUGUUCCUCAUGAUUUGUGGAACAAAAAAUACCCUCUGAACAACAUGGGUUCAGAAAAGGUAAAAGCACACUUACUAAUACUAUUGAAACUUACGAUGAUUUAGCGUCGGCUUUCGACGCAAAAGUUACUACAGACAUAGUUUUCUUCGACUUGUCCAAAGCAUUUGAUAAAGUUUGUCACAGUAUUUUACUUUAUAAAUUAUCAAAAAUUGGUGUUAACGGCAAAUUUCUAUCUCUAUUAAAAGCAUAUCUACAUAAUCGCUCUUUUACUGUUAAAGUACAUGACUCCAGCUCUCAACCUAAAACUAUACUAACUGGUGUACCACAAGGUAGCCUCCUAGGUCCUUUAUUAUUUAACAUUUUUCUUCAUGACCUUCCUUCUUUCUGCCAAACUGAAGGAGUAACAGUUAAACUUUAUGCCGACGAUGUUAAAGCUUAUUCUCUUUCAACUAACAACCUAAAUCUUCAAAAAUUCAUCACAAAGUUUGUCUCCUAUUGCCAAAUCAAUCAACUAACUAUAAAUUAUUCUAAAUGUACAAUACUUCACAUUGGGAAGAAUAACCCUAACUUUGAUUAUGUUCUUUGCGACGACAAUGUUUUUACAAAAGCAACAUGUGUAAAAGAUUUAGGCGUCUUACUCAGUAACAAACUUUCGUUUAAUGAUCAUAUCUAUCGUUGUGUAUCAGUAGCCAAAAAACGCACUUUCCUUUUAUUUAAAUGUUUAAAAACCAAAAAUUAUAAAGUCCUUCGUCACGCUUAUAUAUGCUAUGUCCGUCCAUUAGUAGAGUACAACUGUCCCCUAUAUAAUCCAACCGUUAAAAAACUAAUAGAUUCUUUAGAAUCAGUACAGAAACUGGCAAGUAAAAUAAUAAUCUCACGUUGUUUUCCUUCAUGUUCACACUAUACCUAUUCUCUUCGUCUUGCCAAACUCGGUCUUCCCACAUUGAAAUCACGUCGUGAUAAAUUAGAUAUAAAAACUUUAAGUUCUAUAAUAAAUAACAAAAUAGUUGUAUCGUCUGCCCAAAAGCCUGUCCUGAGAGAUUCUAGGUCUAUAUUUACUCCAGGACGUGUGUUUAGGCCAACUCUUUUUUUCCUAGAUCAUUAAGACAACUAAGGGAUCAAUAGCUAUUUAAACGCUCAUCACUGUACUGUCAUUUAUCGUUAAAAAUUUUAUUUUAUAUUAUAUUGAUUUUAUGUUACAUUAUGACUUUACGAGUGAAUUUUUGAAAAUAAAUAAAUUUGUCGGUGAUUUCAGCGACUCGCCGAAGAAAGUCAAGCCUCGAUAGCCAAGGCUAACGAUGUAGCUGAAGAAGUUCUGAGUGCCGUCCGUACUGUGAAGAGUUUUGCUUGUGAACACUUUGAAUCUCUUCGAUUCCUCGGAUUCUUAAAUGUCACGUUGGGAAUUGGUGCUCGUAGAGCCAUCGCUCACAUUGGAUUCUUGUGGACGACUGAGGUAGGUAUAUCAUCACAUACGUUUAAUGCUGUCAUGAAUCAAGAUAUUAAAUUGGCUCAUUUAUUGCUUUCAGUUCUUGCAAAUGGGAAUCUUAACUGUCGUCUUGUUCUACGGUGGUCAUCUUGUAAUUCAAGGAGAGGUAAGGAGUGUACUUCUUACUGACAUACGAUUUUCAUUUAAUUUAUACCUAAUUGUAACUUAAUUUCAGAUUUCUUCCGGGUUGCUGGUCUCCUUCCUACUGUACCAAUUCCAACUUGGAGAAAACUUAAGAGUAAGUUAUUAAAACGUUAACAUAACUUGAAUACUUAGGAACUCGGCGAAGUAUGGAACGGUCUCAUGCAAGCUGUUGGAGCUUCCAGGAAAGUAUUCGAAUUGAUCGACAGAGAACCAUUAGUCACAAACGAUGGUCGUAUUGCACCAGAUGGACGUAACUCUCAAAUCGAAGGUCGAAUUGAGUUCAGACAUGUUAACUUCAGCUACCCAACCAGGCCAGACCUUCCGAUCAUGAAUGUAAGCAAAUCUUUAGCUUCUUUUGAUCUUAUAAAAUACAAUCUCAAACGCAUGACAAUACCCAAAGAUAUCAAAUGUAACCUUUACUUCAGGACUUGUCAUUCACUGUUAACCCAGGCGAAGUUGUAGCCUUGGUUGGUCCCAGUGGUGGAGGAAAAAGUUCAUGUAUCGCCAUGCUUGAGCACUUCUACGAACCGGACAGUGGAGAAGUACUACUUGACGGAGUACCAGUCAGAGAUUACGACCACAAGUUCUUGCAUAACAAGGUAAGUCCACCUUUGUACACACACAAAGUUUAGAUCGCAUUGGUCGGACAAGAACCAGUACUGUACGCACGUUCGGUACAAGACAACAUCACCUACGGAUACGAAUCCGGCUACAACAACACUGACUUAAUUCAGAAGUCCGCCAAGAUGGCCAACGCACAUACAUUCAUCAUGGACACGACUGAAGGCUACCAAACGGACGUUGGAGAAAAAGGAAGUCAAAUGUCAGGUAAGACACUAACAACAUAUACCUUUCAAAGAUUAAUAUCUAAAACUUUCAAACUAUUGUGACAUUACCAAAAUCAUUGCAAGCCUACAAUUACAUCUUCAGGCGGUCAGAAGCAAAGAAUCGCCAUUGCCAGAGCUUUGGUCAGAGAUCCAGUAGUUCUAUUGUUGGACGAAGCCACUUCAGCGUUGGAUUCAGAAUCCGAACACUUGGUCCAAGAAGCCAUUCAGAAGAACUUGCACGGUCGUACUGUAGUAAUGAUCGCUCACAGACUCAGUACAGUAGAAAACGCUGACAAGAUUGUAGUAAUAGCUGGUGGCCGUGUUGUUCAACAAGGUGUGCACAAGGACCUGAUCCAACAAGAAGGUCUCUACAAACAACUGGUACAGCGACAGAUGCUGAGUAAGUUUUGGUUGGUAAACAAUGAAAUUGUCACCAGACUUUUUUAAAAACACCUCUCAUACAUGAAAAGACAAUGUUACACAACUGUUUUCAGAUGGAAGUCUCCAAGAUCCACCCCCACCCAAGCCCGUCCCCGCCCCAGCUCGUUCUCGACAGAUCCGCCAGAGUCGAGAGUCUACCUCGCAAGCUCAAAGCUUCUUAGGCACCAGUUUGGCUAGUUCUUAUCUCUAA